AUGUUUGCGAUUGAGGGAGCCUCCCCGUCUAAGUCAAGCGGCCUGGGCUAUCCGUCUCCUCUCGGGGGAUCCAAAGGUUCUCUCUUCACUCUCCCCAACACAAGCGGAGCCUUCAGCCGAGGUCCGAAAUCAAGCCCGGCAACCGGAAAUAAUUCACCCGGUUUACUCAAACCGGAUCUGGCAUUCAGCAGUGCUGGUGGUGAUAGUGGUGCCCCUUCUGGAAUUGGGGCUACAUCUCCAAGCUCCCUGGUGCCCCUGUCUGUGAAAUCGUCAUCAUCACCCAACAAAAAAUCGCUCAGCGUCGCCGGUCCCGUCAUCUCAUCGCCAUCAUCCUCCGUGACGUCUCCUUCUGAACUCGCUAGCGCCAGCUCUGGGAUGCCUUUCCUGCCCGGGUCGUCAUUACUGUCACGUGGUCUGACGUCAUCAGCAGGUGCCUCAGGACCACCGAAGGGUUCGGAUAGAGGAGAUCAGUCUUUGUCGGAUAUAUUCUUCAGGAACCAGGCUGGGAACCCUGCUGCCGCUGUCCUGCCAUCUGGGGGGUUUAAAAAAGAAUUUGACGCGUCGUUGUUGGGAGAUAUGGGGGGCUCUUAUGCCAAUAGUAUGGUGGUAGGGGAUGAUUACAGUGACACAUACGACAAUCAGAAUUCUGAUUCCUUCUCGAACUCCAAGUAUACUCGAAGUGAUUCAGACUCGGAUCAGAGUAACCGGUUCUCUGACUCUGAUUCCGGAUAUAUGGAUUCAAAAUACGACACCACAGACUCGACGUCGAAUCCUUCCGAUUAUUACUAUGACGGAGAUGAUGAUGAUGAAAAAGAGGGUGAGAAUUCCAACUACGAUUACUAUGACUACCCUGUAUCUGAGGAGGAUUAUCCCAAACAAAACUACGACUACCCUUCCCGUUCAACAGACGAUUAUGAUGACAAUGUAGUGGCAUCGAGCCGCAGUCCGAAUGAUGAUCGAAACGACUACAGAUAUUCUGACUACGAUAGGGAAUCCAACGACGACUUUACGUUAGAUCGAAAUAACAAAAACAAGUUUUCCAAUUCAGAGGGUCGAUCAAACGAUGGGAGCAAUAGCGGAGGACGCGAAGCAGCUAUAGAGAAAAAUGAAAACAUUCCUUACAACUCGAACUCUAAAGUUUCUCCAUCUUCAUCGUCUUCAUCCUACACCCCGUACUCACCCAACGAGCCCGCCGACGGGUAUACAACGGACGAUUACUCCUCCGAAGGUCGUGGAAACGAUUACUACUACUACGACGACGAUACUCCUGACUCAUCAGACGGGGACCGGUUGUCCAGAGAAGGAUCCGAUUACGAUGACAGCAGCCCGUACUUGUACUACGAGGACGAUAGUGUUGACCCAGACGAAAAUGACUCGUAUCGAUACUCUCCCUCAGACGAUGAUUCAUCUUCGUCAAGGUUUGAACCCACUGAAUACGACUACCCAGAGAGUUAUGACGCCCCUCCUCCACGAGAUACUUAUUCUAGUGACUCUGAUGGUUCUUACCACCCUGGUGAAAACGCCCCUGAUGGAUAUAUAGAGAACCUUGACUACGGUCCUUCAAACGACGAAUUUCUAGAAAAGAGACCCCCUCCGAAAAACUCGUACCUUUAUGAUUCUCCCGCCGAAGCAGAUUCUGGAGACAGAUACAGAGAGGAACCAGAGAUUGCUACAAUGUAUUCGGACAGUACAGGUGACGAAAUAUUUUCCUCAAGAAACGACGGUGAUGGCGGUGAGACAGAUUUUGACAGAAGUUACGGAGAAACUUCUAGUCCUGACGUUAGCGAUCAGUUUAGAAGCAGCGCUGGUUCAGACAAUCCUACCAGUGAUAACUCACAAUUCCUUCCCACUGGGCCCUCCUCAGGAGCAAGCACACCUGGAUACGGGGCUCCUGAGAUUUCAAAAACGUCGUUAUUUAUAGUCCCAGACGAUGAUGAACUGAUAAUCCUACCACCACCAGCCAGCAAUAACAAACCGACUCCUCAACGGACGUCGACAGGCCCCCAACCGUUCAAUCGUCCUAAACAGCAGAUGUCCAGCGGGGGAUUCGCCUGUCACCUUGACGACCCGGACAGCUUCAAGACAGACACAGAGCUCCAACAGCGCCUGGAUGCUGACAACAUCGGGAUCUUGCUGGGCAUACACGCCCUGCGCACGGGACCCUUCAUGAGGGAACAGCAUGACUGA